AUGGCGCUAGAAGGAGGGCCGGUCCGAAUGUCAAGCGAUCCACAGGCUCACUCCGACGAACCCCCAGCCAUCCGGUCGCACACGACCGACGCGACGGAGGAAAACCCCCAACAGGAGGGAAUUCGGGACGAGCGCCCCGCCGCGACCUCGGAGCGCUAUUGGCGAUUAUUCAACGAUCCGGGCCUAUCGCCUCCCGUCGCCAAUCCCGGUGGCCCCUCACCCGUGCCACCAGAAGCCCUCUACGACCUCACGCAUCAGGUUCGGGCCCUUACGGGAGUAAUGCAGACCAUCAUCCCGCUGGUCUCUCCCCCGACGUCUUCACACUCAACCUUACCCCCACCGCGGCAACGGCCCGCCGGCGCUCAAAACGCCGCGCCGCUCCCCGAGUCUCCCGCUUCGCCUCCGCGCCGAUCGACCCGACCUGGGAGCCGAGGAGCGGAGGAACUAGCGGCGCACCCGACGCCCGUAGCCCCACUUUCAGACUCAGCGGAGGGCCUGUGGGCCCAGCUACGCCUCGUAGGCCGCCGGCUGGACGAGGUGCAGCGCGAGGUUCGCCGGACCGGGGGAGACCCGGGGGCCGAACAACACCAGGGGUCCCCCUUCAUCCCCGAGAUUCAAGAGCAGGCCAUCCCGCCGCAUUUUCGGCUCCCGUCACUAGAUGCUUAUGAAGGUGCCACCGAUCCGGCAGACCACGUGGCUGCUUUCCGCGCCCAAAUGGCGCUAUACGGGACGUUCGAUGCCCUGAUCAAUCUGAAGACCGCGACCAUCGCCUCUUUCGACCAGCUGGCCAGGGACUUUGAGCUUAACUUCCUGGCUCAUGCCAAGCCGAAACCGUCGGUGGCGAUGCUCCUCGGGCUCAACCAGAGGGAGGAUGAGCCCCUUUCUCACUUUGCAUUCAUGAUGGGCCUGCGCCCUACCCGAUUCUUUUGGUCUCUGGUGGAGCGACCCCCUACUUCGGUACCCGAAAUGUUGCAGCGUGCGAACCAGUACAUCGCUGCCGAGGCAUGGAUGGUCGGGAAGCGUGACGAGCGCAAAAGGGUCAAGCCAGAGCAGUCCCAACAGCAACAGCCCGCCACCUCCCGGCGCAGGGCCGGCGGCCUCAACGAUGCGCCCGAUCACGACACCGAGGAGUGUCGGGAAUUAAAAAGGCAAAUUGAGGAGCUCAUCCGCCGAGGACACCUCGGUUCAUACCUCCGACCAGACAAGGAGCUCUCGCCACGCCCGGAGGGCCCCAUCGAGCGACACAUAGAUGUCAUAACCGGCGGGCCGGCGUCCGGAGGGAGUUCCACGGCGGGUGGAAGGGCAUACGCCAGGGCCUCCCGGGCUGAGGGUUCCAAACCCGAAAAAGGUCCCGAAGUCACCUUCCCGACCGAGGGAUCUGAACUAACCGAGCAUGAUGACGCACUGGUGAUAUCAGCCAGAAUCGCCAACGCGCAAAGAGCAAGGAUCCAAUCCCCGCUGGAAGACCCCCGGGAGGGAAAAAAACCAACCCCCCGCCCCGAGCCGAAGGAAUCCACUGUCGACUUGCCACUAGUCGAAGGAAGGCCCGAUCAAACAGUCAAAAUCGGGUCGGAACUCCCCGAAAAGGAACGACAGCAGCUCGUCGGCCUUCUGCGAGUCAACGCCGACAUCUUCGCUUGGACGCCAGCCGACCUAGCAGGAGUCCACCCGGAAGUCGCGCUGCACCACCUGAACAUCUCGUCCGACGCCCGGCCGGUGAAACAGAGGCCCAGGCGGCAGGCCCCGGAUCGGCAACUGGCCAUCCGAGAAGAAGUAAACCGGCUUCUGACGGCCGGUUUCAUAGAAGAGGCAAGGUACCCACAGUGGCUCUCCAAUAUCAGGAUGACACCCGAAGAUCAAAAACAUACAGCCUUCAUCACCGAGCAAGGGAUAUAUUUUUACAAAGUUAUGCCGUUCGGGUUAAAAAACGCCGGGGCAACCUACCAGAGGACGGUGAACAAGAUGUUCGCCCGCCAGAUCGGACGAAACAUGGAGGUAUAUGUCGACGACAUGAUCGUAAAGAGCCGAACGGCGGAGGCUCAUCCCUCCGACCUGGCAGAAACAUUCGACACUCUGCAGAGGUUCGGCCUGCGCCUCAACCCCGCCAAAGACCUGCAGCGCCUUAACGGGAGGCUAGUCGCUUUAUCGCGUUUCCUCUCCCGAUCGGGAGAUCGCUGCCACUCCUUUUUCCGGGCCCUGAAGGAUCCGAAGAACUUCCGAUGGACGGCGGAAUGCGAGACGGCCUUCGAGCAGAUGAAGCUACAUCUGGCCAGCCUCCCUCGACUCGCUUCGGUCUCCCCAGGGGAGAAGCUGAGUCUCUACCUUGCCGUCUCUCGGCACGCGGUCAGCUCGGUUCUAGUCAAAGAAAUUUCCGGCGAUCAACUACCGGUCUACUACGUCAGCCACAUGCUGAGCGGGCCAAAAGAACGCUACCCGCCGAUCGAAAAGCUGGCGCUGGCGCUCGUCCUGUCGGCGCGGAAACUCCGCCCCUACUUCCAGGCCCACCCGAUAGAGGUAAUAACCGAUCAGCCGCUUCGGCUUGUCCUGUCCAAAUUCGAUGUUGCAGGGCGUCUCCUCAAAUGGGCAGUGGAGCUCGGCGAGCACGACAUACAAUACAUACCUCGGACCGCCAUCAAAGCCCAAUCCGUGGCAGACUUCAUUGCGGAGCUGACCCCGAAUACCGGCAAAGAACUCGAGCCGCUGCGCGACACCUGGACCCUCCACGUAGACGGCUCGGCCAACGCGAAAGGCGCCGGCGCGGGUCUGGUACUGACAACACCUGACGGCCGCUCGAUCGAGCGCUCCUUCCGCUUCGGGUUCAGAGCCACCAACAACGAGGCGGAAUACGAAGCUCUCCUGGCGGGGCUCCAGUUGGCACUGGAAAUGCAGGUGACCGACAUACGCGUCAUCACCGACUCGCAGCUGGUGGCUAGGCAGCUCGACGGCGAAUACGAGGCCCGGGACCCGACUAUGGCGAAAUACCUAGCGCAGGUAAGAAGCCUGGCCGCCAAGUUCGCCCAUUUUGAACUGUCGAAUGUUCCCAGGAGCGAGAACCAGCGAGCCGACACCCUGGCUAAACUGGCGUCCGGCCCGUCCCCCCGGGCUCGACCCGAGACCGAAGAACUCCCCCGCCGAGCUAUAGAGGUCGUCGCCACCGUCGCUCACGGCGCGCCGGCCACUUGGGUACAGGAGAUGUUACGCUUCAAGCAGGACGGGACCCUGCCCGACAAUACAACUACAGCUCGGCGCUUGCGUCGGACGCAGGCGUGGUACAUCGAGGAAGGAGGACGGCUGUACAAACGGUCUUUCUCGCGCCCCCUGUUGCGCUGCCUGGAGCCGAGCGAAGCCUGGACGGUUCUGUCUGACAUGCACGGAGGGGCUUGCGGGGAACACAUAGGCGAGCGAGCCCUGGCGCACAAGGUACUCCGACAGGGGUACUACUGGCCGACCAUGCGCCAGGACGCAAAAGCUCUCGUACGGCGAUGCAGCUCGUGCCAGGAGCACGCCCGCACCGCCCGACGGCCGGCGGUCCUGUUCACCCCCGUCGACUGUGCCUGGCCAUUCGCGCAAUGGGGACUGGACAUACUCGGGCCUCUCCCGCCUGCCUCCAGCCAGCGGAAGUACAUCAUCGUGGGAGUGGACUACUUUACCAGAUGGGUCGAAGCCGAGCCCCUAGCAACCAUCACGGAGUCGCAAGUAAAAAGGUUCGUAUGGAGAAACCUUAUAACCCGUUUCAGCCUGCCCCAGUCCAUCGUCGCCGACAAUGGACCCUCGGUGGCUUACCCCCAGGCGAAUGGGCUAGCCGAAGUAACCAACCGGGCCAUCGUCGACGGACUCAAGAGAAGGGUAUCCGCUACCCGAUCGGCUUGGAUCGACGAGCUCCCGAGCGUCCUGUGGGCGCUUCGCACUACCCCCAAGACCCCGACCGGGGAGUCCCCCUAUAGCCUCACGUUCGGGACCGAGGCCGUGUUGCCACCCGAGGUAGCCGUCCCGACUCCGCGGACGGCAGACUACAUCGAAGAAGCCUCGGGUGAAGGGCUCCGAUCAAACCUGGACCUGCUCGAGGAAAGACGGGCCGACGCACACCAGAAAGCCCUUUCUUACAAAAGAGCCGUAGCGAGGGUCUACAACCGGAACGUGCGACCCCGGUCGAUAAAGUUAGAGGACUUGGUCCUGCGCAAAAUCGAGGUCAGCCACCCCACCCGAGUAAGGGGGAAACUGGCCCCAAAGUGGGAGGGACCCUAUCGGGUCAUCGGAGUAUCCCGACCGGGGACAUUCAGGCUCGCAACAAUGGAUGGCGACCCCGUGCCCCGGACUUGGAACAUACAGAACCUUAGGAAAUAUUUCGUCUGA